GUAGAUCAUAAUCAGCUGGCCUUAGUAUAGAUCAAAGUGGUUCCUAAACCCUUCUAGGUAAAAGGGUGACAGUUAUUAAAUAAGAAUUUUACAAAAUAAAAUAUGGAUUAUAAUGAUCUUAACUAAUAUAAAAGGCUCAUUGAACCUUCCACACAACCUAAUUUAACAGACAGUUCUAUCGUAUCAAAUAAAGAUCAGCUAGAAAUGACCUCUGUUAUGGCACGAAAGUGGAUUCCUGACAUAAAACAGAAGUUUCAUCAGAAGUAUUGGGUUGAUGUUAAUGUCUAAACAUUGUGCUUUAAUGUUUCUUAGUCUUCAGGACCAAAAUUUAAAGCUGUUCUCCAAUAUGGCUGCUCAUGCUUUUUAUCUCCACCAUCCAAAUUCCAAACUGAUAUAUUCCUCUUUUCCAUUACAAUGAUACUCUGCAGCAGCUGAUGUCUUGCAGACUUGCAGUUAUUCCACCCACUUGUGACUUUACACCAUUUAAAAAUAAAAAUAAAAAAAGGGAAUCUUAAAACUAUGUGCCUUCUAUAUAGUUUGGUGUUGCAAUUCCCUCAAAGAAUCAAGCAAGAGAACUCAAAGGAAAAUCUCCUUGAAAAUUUUCAACAUUCUUAAUAUAAUGGCCUCAAACAAACUGCAAAAACCCACACAUGAAGAACACAAGUUUACCCAGAAGAUAUCAGAGGUGACCGCUUGGGGUGGCAGAGUGUUCGGACACAAACAACAAGAACACCAAGCAGUGGCCAAACACUGUACUACAUGUCAAUGCUCGGCACCCAAGGAUACAAAACCAAAAUUUGCUCAUAUGCAGAAGAAAGAACAUGCUGACACCAUACCAGUCAAACAUACUAAACCUGGGGUGUGCACGGAGACAAAGGAGGAGAAGGAAGAGCACUCAAGUACAGUCAAUAAGGAUGCCAAACAUACAACUUGCAUUGUGCUGAGGAAGAAGGGAAAACAGCAUACAACAAAUGUCCAAAUAAAGGAUUCUAAGCAGCCUGCUCAUGCUGAGAUGAAGAAGAAAGAAAAGGAGCAACAUGCAAAAGGCAACACAGCUAAUGCAUGCAACAAAUUAAGCAAUAAAGUGCACAUUCAAAACAAGGAAGAACCAACCAGCCACUGCUUUUCAACCAUGGCAGAUCAUUGGAAGGAGAAGAUCAUGAUGAUGAAGAAGCCAAAGGAAAGCAAGUGCAAAGAUAGCAGCAGCAGCAGUGACAGCAACAGUGAAGAUGAGUCCUGUGGGAUAAUGAAGACUGACAAGAGAGUAAAAAGACAUUCCCAAGGGACCAAAACCUCAUCUAAAUGAGAGAGACUUCUGGAGAAUCAGCAAGGAAAAGGAUGAUAAGUAUGAACCAUGUGUAUUGCUAUAGUACAAGGUUGAAAUGUUACUUCCCAACAAUAAGCCCCUCUUCCUUUUAGGAUGAAAUUUUCUAUUGCUUUGGCAUUGUUUUUUAGUUUGCAAAAGCUUUACGUUAUGGUCAGUUUGAUACAUAACUACAUUAGAGCAUCCUAUAUCAUAGCAUGAGUAUUAGUACUACAAGAUAAUAACCCGGUUAUGCACGGCUUGUAAUGAAAACAUUGACUAAAUAAAAUUAUAAGGAGCAAAAAUAAUCAUUGAAAAAGUUUAUUGCUAAAAGUACUUACAAACGGAAUUAAAAAGGGAGACCAAUAUGGUCAGUUAAAAAAAAAAUCUUCAAAAUUUCAUCAGAUUUGGAUUUUAUGUAACAUUGCAUAAUACAUUGUAAUUUAUUAAAAAAAAUAUAGAAUUAUCACAUAGCUUUAAAAGGGAAUUAUUUGGCAGCAAUGUGUGUAGCUUGGUUAUUACUUUAGCAACAAUCAAAAAGAAGACCA